AUGUUCGGUGGUCAAAGUGGAGGAAUGGGAGAAAUGGCAUCAGAUUUCCUGAUCAAUCGGUUUGUUCCUGGAGGAUUGAAUAGUCCAAUGGGUAUGAUUGCUGAUAAUAUGAUUGGUGGAAAUCCAAAUGGUGGUAUGAACUACGGAGGGAUGGGAGGUGGAUAUGGAGGGAUGGGAAGUGGAUAUGGAGGAAUGGGAGGUGGAUAUGGAGGAAUGGGAGGUGGAUAUGGAGGAAUGGGUGGUGGAUAUGGAGGAAUGGGUGGUGGAUUUCAGGGUCAUCACCACGGAGGUCAACAAGGUGGAUAUGGUAAUAAUUAUGGUUAUUUUUAA